GAUCACCGGUAACUUCCGAGACUUCUUGAACACAGCAGUUAAAGAAAGAUAAAGGAGCUUGCCAAAAUGCCUGAUUAUCUAGGAGAUGAUCAGCGUAAGAUAAAAGAUGACAAAACAGAAGAGGAUAAGCCAAUCCAAGCUCUGGAUGAAGGAGAUAUUGCACUUCUAAAAACAUAUGGAGUGGGACAGUACAGCAAAGUGAUUAAAGGAUGUGAAGAGGACAUCCAGAAGUCCUUGAAAAAGGUCAAUGAAUUAGCAGGAAUUAAGGAAUCCGAUACUGGGCUAGCUCCACCAGCUCUGUGGGAUCUGGCAGCAGAUAAGCAGACUUUGCAGAGUGAGCAGCCAUUGCAAGUUGCCCGUUGCACAAAAAUUAUCAAUGCUGACACAGAUGAUCCCAAAUACAUCAUUAAUGUAAAACAGUUUGCCAAGUUUGUGGUGGACUUGGGCGAUCAAGUGGCACCCACAGACAUUGAGGAAGGCAUGAGGGUCGGGGUGGACCGUAACAAGUAUCAAAUUCACAUUCCACUACCCCCUAAAAUAGACCCCACUGUUACCAUGAUGCAGGUAGAGGAAAAGCCUGACGUGACAUACAGUGAUGUUGGAGGCUGUAAAGAGCAAAUAGAAAAACUGAGAGAAGUCGUGGAGACGCCUUUGUUACAUCCAGAGAAGUUUGUAAAUCUUGGUAUUGAGCCCCCUAAAGGUGUGCUGUUGUUUGGUCCCCCCGGCACUGGAAAGACACUGUGUGCUCGAGCGGUGGCAAACAGAACAGACGCCUGCUUCAUCCGAGUGAUUGGCUCAGAGCUUGUGCAGAAAUAUGUUGGAGAGGGAGCGAGAAUGGUGCGAGAACUCUUUGAGAUGGCAAGAAAUAAAAAAGCCUGUAUAAUAUUCUUUGAUGAGAUAGAUGCAAUUGGUGGUGCACGCUUUGAUGAUGGAGCAGGGGGAGAUAAUGAGGUUCAGCGGACAAUGUUGGAGCUGAUUAACCAGUUAGAUGGUUUUGAUCCCCGUGGUAACAUCAAGGUUCUUAUGGCAACAAACCGCCCUGACACACUUGACCCUGCACUAAUGCGUCCUGGUAGAUUAGACAGAAAGAUUGAGUUUGGUCUCCCAGAUUUGGAGGGGAGGUCUCACAUCUUUAAAAUUCAUGCAAGGUCCAUGAGCGUAGAAAAAGAUAUCCGCUAUGAGCUGCUAGCCAGGCUGUGUCCCAACAGCACAGGUGCUGAGAUUCGUAGUGUGUGUACAGAAGCCGGGAUGUUUGCUAUCCGAGCUCGCAGAAAGAUGGCCACAGAAAAAGAUUUCAUUGAUGCAGUGAACAAAGUCAUCAAAGCCUAUGCCAAGUUCAGUGCAACGCCAAGAUACAUGACUUACAACUAGUACUUUUCUCAUUGGAUUCCAUAAAUGGACGAAAUGGACAUUUUGCCGUCACAGGGAAACUUGUUCCUAUAUGGCCUGGAAAUUGUCUGCACUUGUGUUCAGUGUGUUUUUGUGCUUGUUGAUAAGCUAAGGGGUCUAGGAAUGGAGUUUCAUAAGAAUUGGUAAGACAGACAAUUGAACUGAAGGCUUAAUCAGUAGCCCUGAUCUUACAAAGACAUGCUUUCUUCUGUGCUAUUAUUUAAUAACGGAAACAGUUUCAAUCUGAAUUCAAUCUGAGGGCUGGAAAAAUCAUCUUCAGUGGCUAACACAGCGCACAAGUUGAUGGCAAAAUGUAUGGCCUCUUUAGUUCAGGUGUCAACAGAAAAAUGGCAGUAAAAGAAAAUCGGGAGUGGAAUAUCUACAUUACCAUUAUCAAAGUUAUUUAAGCUUUGGAUGGAUGAGGAUGGGAUGGGAAGGGAAGGGAAGGGGAGCUGGGAGGAGUCUCUAAUUGUUUUUUAUGUGUCCUGUACUUGACAUUCAGGAAUCCUCAUUAAACACUCCAGACUUAUCUACUAGAUGGUUGUUUGAGGUUGUCUCCUUGUUGUGAACCACUUUUUAAGCAACAGUUUGAUUCCAGUUAAGAUAAAGGAAUUGAACCUCUUUGAUCUGUUUACGUUAAACUGUUCACGUUGAACUGUAUUUUCAAAUGUCCGCCAAGAGAGAAGAUUAGAGUGUUGACCGUGCAUCUUAAAAGGGUAAUUCAUACUAUAGACUUAAACAGCCAUAGUCAAAUCAAGCAAAUCUAACAGGUAAAAAAAAAUAGUAAAAUAAUCAGGAAAAGCGUAUGUGUGAAUAAACUGAAAGACGACAUCAUGUGAUUUAGUCACCCUUGUCAUCCAUUAAACUGAGUAUUGAUGGAAAACGGAAAACCUAGUUCUUAGAUUAGUGCUGCUCAAGAGAAGUGAGGUACUAGCUGUAAACAGGGAGGUUGUAUGCCAAACAGUAGGCACAAAACGAUAGCAGGCCCAUCUGCUGAAUCGUUCCGACUGCCUGCUCCAAUUUCAUGGUCGUUUAGUCCCGCCUUCUGUUUAUGAUUCAAUCCCAGGCUCACCCUAGCCAAGACGGCAUCCCUCAUCAAAACAGCGUUAAACAUAUCGGCUAUUUGAUUACACAUUACUCAUGGCGUUACUGACGGUGCAGGUUUGGUUGUUUUGGAGACCAUUUGAGACUGAACAUACGAACAGCUGUUAAGAAUUACCCACAAAAAGUACCCUUCGAUGAAAGAGGUCGUCUGCCUGUACACAUCUGCCCCAGAGUCCCGUGGCUUUGAACCUAAGCCUUGUCCCUAGCACAUUUCUUGUAUUCGAAAAUCUUCAACUCGUCGGUUCUGUUAGUCUAAAGCUACCGUCGAAGAACACUUGUGUAUGGUAUGAUUGGCAAGGUGAACCGCAUUUGUUUCCGUUAUUUGUUAAAUGAAUUUGGAUAACCUGGCAUUUUUAUGGGAAUGUGCGCCGAAAGCUAAUAUGUCUUCGAACUGGUCCUUGCACAAUAACAACUCGGUUACUAACCGAGUUGACAAAUGUUAUCUUACCAUGAAAACGUUUUGUGUUACCAGUCUGCCCAAUAAACGUCGUCCCAGAGGCAACAAAAAGCAUACACUACACAGCUUGGCACGAGUUGCUGUAGGCGGGAAUGGUACCUAAUCGGACUCAAAUAAUAAUUAGAUCUUCACGGAAGUACGGGCAGUGUUGCGUGCGUGACGUGGGGAGUUUCUAUUCGGAACUCGUUAGGCGUACACCAAGAGUUUGUCAUAGUGCAUGGUUGCUUUGCUUAAUUGAUGCUAACGAUGGUUACUUGUGGGCUAAUUGAGGACUAUUUGGUAAGAUUAUACUUUUAUAAUUCAAUGCAUUAGUAGCAUAAGUGUGACAUCACUAUGCACGGAGUUCAUGCUGUAAGUCGAUGCGAAGUCAUGAGAUCACUGUUUUAAUGUAAAAAGCAGCGCCUGGCCCAGCACAAUUCUACGGCUAUGCUAUGCCUUAACUUGGCGGUAGGCGAGAUAGCACCAAAGCGCUUGGAGCGUGCCAUCAAAAUUAUCCCCUGGAUGUUUCUACAUAUAGUCUUAGUAAAACCCACUUAGGUCAAUUGUUUGGUCGUUGGCAUACAUUGUUAGAAAACACCCGAAGAUAAACGUCAAAACUCCGGUUCC